AUGGCUGAGGCCACACGGAAAUCAGGAAGUUACACUCCGAACAAGGCUUCUCAUCUGGUUGCAUUGGUCCACGGGCUUUGGGGCAACGCGAGUCACCUCAACUAUCUCGCCCAAGCCCUCCGCGAACGGUACAAUGAAGAAGAGCUCAUUGUACACGCCUGUCGCAACAACGGUUCCUCCUUGACCUACGAUGGUAUCGAAGUGGGUGGAGAGCGGAUCGCCAAAGAGAUCGAGGACAUUCUACAAGAGCUAGGGCGCGAUGGCUACAAGAUCACAAAGUUCUCGAUUGUUGGGUAUUCUCUGGGUGGCCUGGUUGCCCGCUACGCUGUCGGCCUGCUGGACUCGAAGGGAUAUUUUGACAAGAUCAGCCCGAUCAACUUCACCACGUUUGCAACUCCACACCUCGGCGUCAGAACCCCAUUGACGGGCUAUCAAAACCACUUAUGGAAUGUCCUGGGUGCUAGGACACUCUCUGCCUCUGGGCGGCAAUUGUUCAUGAUUGACAAGUUCAGGAACACCGACAGACCAAUUCUGAGUGUUUUGGCCGACCCUGACAGUAUCUUCAUACAUGCGCUUGCACGUUUUCAACACCGAUCGCUCUACGCCAACAUUGUCAACGACAGGUCUGCGGUUUUCUAUACCACGGGAAUUUCUAGGACGGAUCCUUUCAUCGAGCUCAACAGGAUCAAUAUCCAUUAUUUGAAGGGUUAUGAGCCUGUGAUAUUGGAUCCUGACCAUCCUUGCGAUCUCAUACCAGAUCAGGAGCUGCCAUCCUUCUAUCAGCGAGUGCGUCACAGCAGCCAGACCUUCCUGCGCCGGGCGCCGAUCCUUCUCGCUCUGAUUGUUCUUAUUCCUGUGGCGACCCUGGCAUUCCUGGCCAACUCAUGUGUCCAAACUCUCCGGAGCCGUCGCCGUAUCCAGCUUCACGAGACCGACAAACACGGGGUGGGCUUUAGAAUGUAUCGGAUCCCUUACAUGGUCCGAGAGAUGCGAGUUGGCCUGGAGGAUGCGUUUGAGAACGUAAAUUCGGCGCAGGAGCAGGAAUAUCUUCCCCAAGGAUCCGAGGAGAUGGCCACCGGAGUGCCUUCGUCCUCGAUGUCGACACUUGGCAACGGGUCCUCGGAGUCCUUGCUUUCUGAAAAGACAGACGUCGACACAACGAAGAAAGACAUCUCGGUAUCAGAGAGAUCUCCCGACUUCCCCACCCUAGCAUUAACUGCCAUGCAGUUUGCAAUGAUCAAGGCGCUCGACGACGUGGGAUUCCGCAAGUUUCCUGUGCAUAUUCAUAAGAGCAGUCACAGUCAUGCUGCAAUCAUUGUACGCUCUCCUCGGCCUGCAUUUGAGGAGGGAAAGGUGGUGGUCCGUCAUUGGCUCGAAAACGAAUUUUACAUUUGA